AGGUUUAGGGGAGGGGAAAAGAAAAGUUGCAGAUUUUUUGGGGUUUUUCUCAAUAAAUAAAAAUAUGGGUCCUCCACCGGUAGUGACUGGGAUAUCGCCUAAAGAAGGUCCUCCAGGCACAAGAGUAACCAUCCGAGGAGAGUUUUUAGGAACCAGUGCUAUAGAUCUUAUUGGCUUAAAGAUUUGUGGAUGUGAUUGUCUGCUCUCAGCAGAAUGGAAAAGUAAAAAUAAAAUAGUGGCACGAUCAGGACCUUGUAAAGGACGAGGAGACAUUAUUGUCACUACAAAAUCUGGAGGAGAAGGAACUUCUACUGUUCAAUUUAGAGGCUAUCAUGAAUCCAUUGGUCCUGUCAAAGAAAGUGCAGUUUGGGUUGAGGAGUCUAUACCUCCUGCCAUGCCAUGGGGUCGACGACCAAUGUCACCUGUGUCAUACACACCACCUGAUCCCUUAGGGCUUUCUACUGAAGGCGAUGACUGUAAAUUUCCUGAAGAAGAACUCCAUGAAUUGUUCCCAGACGGAUCUGGUAAACUGUCAGAUGAGAACUUUCAACCCGGCUGGUACUUGCUGGAACAUCAUAGUAACACUUCUUAUGAAGACUUAAAGGCUGGAAUGGUAUUUCUCCAAAGAAAGGUUGAAGGUCAAAAAGAAGGGCAACUUAGUUUCUUGAAAGCAAAUACGGGAGCAGUAAUGGACCAGCUGGAUCGACUUGUUCUGCUUAAGAACAUGUAUGAAGAGGAUCAAAGAAAGAAUGGCAAGGAACCUUUACCAAGUCUACAAGCAGCCAUAGAGGAUUCAAUAUCUUUAGCUGAUUCUCUAUUUUCUGAGAUUCUGUCUCGUAAGGAAAAUGCAGAUAAAACCCGUGAAGCUUUAUCAUUGCUUACGAGGCAUAAGUUUCUCUUUCAAUUGCCCUCAUCCAUAGAUAGAAAUAUCAGGAAGAAGGAAUACGAUUUGGUAGUCAAUGAUUAUACAAGAGUAAAGAAUUUAUUUGGCAAUACUGAUAUUAAGCUGUUUCAGAAAAUUCUUGCUGAAAUUGAUAAAAAAAUUGAUGAUUUAAAAACAAGAUUAUAUAAUAGGAUGAAAACUAUGCCCAUCAAUGUCCAAGAACAAACAAACUAUAUCAGAUUAUUAAUAAGUUUGAAUUGGGAAGGCGACGCUGCGUGGACUGCUAUUACCAGUCGCAAAGAUUACCUCAUGAGCCUCAUGAACAAAGUAAAAGAUCAUUUCAAGAAGAAGGAGGACCAGGAAAAUAAUGAAAAAGGUAAACGGAAAGUUAAGGAGUCAGAAAACGAAGGUUCUUGGAGCACCACGCGCAUGUUAUGGUGUGGGGCGGCGUGCGGGGCGUUAUCCACCGAACUUAAUGCUCUAUGGCCGCUGGCGAGGCGAUACUUUGCUGGUGAACUAGGUGGCCAACCUUCGGCAUCAGAACGACAUGAUAGCCUCAAGGAGAUGAUAAUAGCGGCUGUGGAAUUGUUCUCUGAGCAUAUGCGCGCUUGUCUACUGAGCGGCGGCGGGGGCGGCGGCGGCGGCGGCUUACCGGCUGAUGCGAUGCGCGCGAGACUCAACGCCAAUCUGAGAGAUUUACGCGAAACGUACGACGCCCUACUGAAACUAGACCUACCCUCACAGCCUCUCAGCAUAGUGGAGAAGGUGAUAUUCGAUUACCGCGUGUAUGGCAUGACGGUAUUCUUACAACGCGCCCAUAAACGUGUCAAGGGACUCGCCGAGAAAGAGACCUGGAAGAUCGAGGAAUUCUCAGACUAUGGCGCUAUCACAAACUUGCCCCAUUUACUCCAAACUUAUGUGACGGAGGCGUUGUCAUCGAUACACAAGUGCGUGCUGAUAUCGGGGCGCCGAGAGGGGGCACUUUUGGCAGAGGGCAGUGAACCGGCUAAUGCUGCCCAGCGGCACAUACAACAAAUACUUUUGGCUUUCGUCGCUGCAUUACGGCAACUUGCUUUGCAUCACGACGGUGAUCAGGACUUCAACAACACCAGCCUUUCAGUGGCGUUAGACCAGCGGCUGGAGGAGAGUCAGGAUGCAUCACGUGAUACUAGCAGUUGGCAACAGCGGCUACUGGUGGCCGGAGCUAAUGCCCAGUACACGAGACGCGUUAUUCUACCGGCCAUCGCUGCCGCAGCUAAUCAAUAUGGAUUCCCGAACCCGACGCAAGCCUUGCAAGCAACCAAAGACUCUCUGAUUAGCUUAGAGUCCACUAUAGCUGAAACAUAUCUGGAACAUAAGGGUGACCCACUAGUGGGCACCAUAGAGCCCAGCAUGUAUAUGGGACGCCAUCGGACUGAUGCCGACGCCGCCGUCGACGACGCGAGGCCUUACGUUUACGAGAUCAUCAAUAACUUGAUAGCGGUUCAUGCAGAGGUGGACAGCGUGUGCGGCGCGGCGUCGUCCCGUUACGUGCGCGACAUAUGCGAGACCGUGUGCGAGGAGCUGGCGCGGCUGGCCGCGUGCGCGCCGCCCGUGUGCACGCGCGCCGCCGCCGUACAGGCGCGCCUCGAGUACACGCUGCUGCGCCGCGCCGCCGCUGACCAUCUCACCAGGAAAGCGGAAAACUACUUAACGGAAGCAUUGGCGACGAUACCUCCUUUAGAAAACGAAGAAGAUAAAAAGCGAAUGGAAGAGUUGAUAGCAGGAUUUGAAAAGAAAAUGGAACUGCAGUUAGCAAGCCUUAAUUGCAACAUGGAAACAGUGUAACCGAAUUAUGUAUGUAACACACAAUUAUAUUGUAAUAUGAGUAGAUACAAUUCAGGCAUGUUAUGAAAGAACUUUCUAUAUAUAUUGUUCAUUAUAAGGUGCUUUUAGACAUGAAAUGAAAUAUUAUAAUUUAUAAGUAUGUAAUGUAUUUAUUAAAAAUUAUCGUAAAAUAAGUAUUGUAUAGUUAAAAAAUAUUAUUAUAAUAUCAAAGUAAUAAAUAUUAAACUUCUAUUUCGAUUUUAUUUGUUUGAUUGCGUGUUCUUGUAAUUCUGAAACAAGAGAUGGAAUGAUGAUAAAGUAUUUUGUAUCAAUCUACGUUGACAUAUGGGGAUACC